CACCACCACCACUAGCCACUCAGUCAGUUAGCGAUCUGUUAAGUCCUCGCCAGAUCUUCCCAGCAUGUCAAGGGUAGUGGUGAUAGUGAUGGCGGUGGUGAUGGCGGUGCAGCUUUCACAAGCCACCAAGGAGAAUAGUCUAAUUGUGAUUCUUGUGGACGGGUUUCGGUGGGACUACACUGUGGUGCACGGCGCGGGGACACAGCUUCCAGGGUUCCAGCACUUCCAGACGGCAGGCACCAGGGCUGAGUACCUGCGUCCAGUUUAUCCCUCACUUUCCUAUCCAAACUGGCACACUAUUGCUACUGGUUUGUAUCCAGAGCGCCAUGGAAUCAUCGGGAACUUAAUUUACGACCCCGAGAGAAACAAGACGUUUUAUUUGAUGGACACCAACUCCACGACUGACCCGACGUGGUGGGGGGACGCUGAGGCUAUCUGGACCACUGCCACCAACCACGGCCUGCAAACCGCACUCUUCCAGUGGUCCAGGUGUGACGUGCAGUGGCGAACAGAAAGCGACUUACCCCGGUACUGUGAGCGAUUCGAGUAUGACCCAACAGGGAGCACUCACAGGCUGCCCAAGAGACUGUCCCAGGCCGUGGAUAUGAUAAAGGAGGAAGACUACAGGCUGGUCAUGGUGUACGAGGGCAGCGUGGACACGAGGGGACACUACAAGGGCCCGCUAUCCCCCGAGGUGGCUGCGGCAGUGAGGGACGUGGACCAGGCGCUGCAGCAACUGUGGCGCCGCCUGGAGGAAACAGGAAUGGUGGACACAACUAAUGUGGUGGUAGUGAGUGACCAUGGCAUGACGCAGGUGAACGACGGCAGCCUGCAAGAGGUGGAGGUGGGCCAAUGUCUGCAGGAGAGCGAGGUGCAGGUGGUAGUGAAUGAAGGCAGCUACCUCACCCUUCGCCCCGCACCUGACCGAGGCGAGCAGGUCGUGGAGAGCCUGAAUUCCUGCCCGGAGUUGAAGCACAAAGUCAAGGCGUUCCUGAAGGAAAGCGUCCCGCCUCGUUACCACUACAGGGCCCACAGACUCAUACCGGAGGUGGUGGCGAUCGCGGAGAAAGGGUAUACAAUGAAUGUUAAUAAACUGGCGCCAAGUAUUAAAGUUCUGACGACUGACGCAUCAUCGUACUUUGGCAACCACGGUUUUGACGACACACACGGGCAGCAUCCGGACAUGAGGGGAGUGUUGUACGCGGCAGGGCCAGCCUUCGCCAGGAGCAGGAAAGCAGGGCCUGUGGAACAAGUGGACGUGUAUGGGUUACUCUGCCACACGCUCCUGCUGCCUUGCCACGCCAACAACGGCACGCCCGCACACAUCGCGCCUUUCUUCGCCACGCCUCCACCCAACACCGACGGCUGGAGUAGCAAGGGGGUUUCCGUCAGCAUUUUCACCACCGCUGCAGCUAUUCUCGUCUUCUUCUUCUUCUUCUUCUGUGUCAGGCUUUCUAAAUUAUCUCACUAAUUUGUGCAUUACUGAUCGAAACAGUAGUAGCAGUCUGAUGAACGACUUAAGGACAGGAACAAAAGAACAUGAAACCUUUUUUGUGAUUCUAUUCUUACAAUGAGACACCCGUAUUCAUAAAUGCUUUGCUUUCUCACCACGGCUAUUUUCCAAAGCCACAGAGGUGAUUAGCUGGGUUCUCGACAGUGUUUUCCCUGUUAGUAAUGUAGAAACCUUCUUAAUCUGUCACUAGAACCGUAAAAACAUCCUUAGAAACCCGUGUCAUUUCAAUUAGAGUCUUUUGAAAGUAGUGGAGGUGAGGCGCAGAUGUUUUUCAUGUAUUAAUGUGUGAUUUUUUGCCUUCUGUUAUCCUAGUGGCAAAUAUCAGCCUGACAAAUAGACAGACUGAUAGACAAACAAAGACAGGUAAAUAUGGUUACGCUAAAAAAAAUGUGAAGAAAAAACAUUAUAUAUGAUACAGUUAUAAAUCUUUGUUACCUCGUGUGUGUGUGUGUGUGUGUGUGUGUGUGUGUGUGUGUCGGGGCGGCGUCGGGCAGUCAGUCAGCUGUUGUACAAAGAAAAAAUCGAUAUAGGUUGUAGCGUCCACCCAAGAUAGGCCUACACGUGUUUCUUCUUCCUGUCUCAUAUCCUAAGCCUCCAAAAUACUCUUCCUAUAUGAGUAUAUUUGUUUUUUUUCCUCCCUCCCUGUUUUUCUUCCUCACAUCUUACUUAUCUACUCAAAAAAAUAUUAUUCUUCCUAUUCUCUCGUAUCUUCUUCCUCCAUUGUCUUUCUGUCUUCCCCUUUCAAAGACCUCCAUUCUCCCUAUUCGUUUCUUCCAGUCUUGCCUUUUUCCUGUUUUCUUAAUUCAUUUUCCUCUCCUCUUCCCAUCUUCAUAUCCUGUCUUCCUAUUCCCUGCCGUCGAAAUUAUCUUAUUUUAUCUUCUAUCUUUACCAUUUUUCUUAUUUCUUAUCUACACUAUAUAUAUCCCCCUAUCUCAUUCCCGGGCUUCCAAAAACGUUAUUAAAACACUACAAGAUUCCCAUCAAAGAAAUUACUGAAAAGCUAAUAAACUUUCAGAAUGUCA